GUUAAGUCCUAUAAAACAUUGUUAGACCUUACAAUUAUGGCGUAUGUACAUUUAUUGUACUCGUACUACCUUCGGAUCAUAUUAUAUGUGGAGAUCUCAUGGAACCAAAGACAAAAUUUCAUAAUAAUUAUUUAAUGGAUUAAAGAGUAUGUAAUUAAGGAUAGUAGAGAGAAUGAAGAUAAUUAACCACCACCAACAGCAACAGUCACCCCAUUAGGCUAACACCGUAGCCUAACCAACAGCCUCAUCGGCACCAACUCCACUCACCCUGAACCACCGCAAAACCAAACCGAAACCACCUCCACUCACCCUGAACCACCGCAUAACCAACCCGAAACCACCUCCACUCACCCUAAACCACCCGACUCACCCGAAACCACCCCUAAACCAACCCGAAAUCACCCCCCACUCACCCCAAAACACCGGAAAUCAUCUCCCACUCACCUCGAUCCACCUUAAACCUACCCUUACUCACCCCAAAACACCCUAAACACCCUGAACCCACACCAACGGUGUGCAGCGGUUUGGUGGUGGAUCGGUGCUAGGUGAGGUGUGAAUGGUGGGCGAAGGUAUGUGCGUUGGAGCAGGAGAUUGCGUUGGGAGGUGGUUGUGGCUAUUGUUGGUGUCGAUGGUGGUGGUGGAUGCGGCUGAUGUUUUGCUGUUGCUGUUGUUGUGGACGGUGGUUGGAGGAGGUGGUGCGCAGGGGUUGAGGUACACCGGAGGCGGAGGCGGAGGCGGAAGCGGGAAUCUUGAAGGUGGUGGUGGCCGGUGACGUUGACGGUGGUGGUCGGAGGAGUUGUGAAAGAUGGACAUGAAUGGAAGUUGAAUGAAUUUUUUGAGUUUAGGUUGAUUGUUAAUUGGAUAUUGCUUUGGAUGAAUUGAAUUGGAAUUUUGUAGAAUAUCUUGUUCUAUAAACAGAACAGCUAAUGCUGAUAUACAGAGGUUUGAGGAUGCCAAAGAAAGAAUACGAAACAUGUUUCGAAAAGCUGAACUUUCAACAUCAGCUUAUGACACUGCGUGGGUAGCAAUGGCCCCUUCUCCUGCAGCGUCAAGCACUCCUUGUUUUCCAGGGAGUAUUGACUGGAUAUUGGAAAACCAGCUGCAUGAUGGUUCUUGGGGUGUUCUUGGUCAUCGAGAUAGUUCUCUAGUUAAAGACUCGCUUUCUUCCACACUGGCAUGUGUCCUCGCGCUCAAAAGAUGGUCUGUAGGAGAAGAACAGACGACAAAGGGCCUUGACUUUAUUGUGUCACAUUUUGCUUCGGCAAUGGAUGAAGAGCAGCACUCUCCGAUUGGAUUUGAUGUCAUUUUUCCUAGUAUGAUUGAGAAGGCUCUUAAUAUGGAAGUGAAUCUUCAUUUGGCGCCUUCAGAUAUUGAUGCUGUGCUUCGAAAGAAGGAUUUAGAGCUCAAAAGAAUCCGUGGAAAAGACUCCAAGGCAAGGAAUUUAUUUUUGGCAUAUAUUUCGGAAGCAAUGGGAGGAUCACAAGACUGGAAAAUGGUAAUGGAUUAUCAAAGGAAGAAUGGCUCUUUGUUUAAUUCACCAUCCACAACAGCAGCUGCUUUUUCUGCGCUCCAAGAUCCAAAUUGUUACAGCUAUCUGUCUUCAGUAUUGCAGAAAUUUGCAAAUGCAGUCCCAACUGCAUACCCACUUGAUGCAUAUUUCCGGCUUCAUAUGGUUGACACCCUUCAAAAAUUUGGAAUCAAUGGGUAUUUUAAAGAAGAGAUUGCUUCUGCGUUGAAUGAAACUUUCAGACUGUGGGAGCAAGGAAAUGAAGAGAUAUUUUCUGAUGUCAUUACCACUAGGAUGGCAUUUCGGUUGCUACGUGAUGAUGGAUAUGAUGUAUCUUCAGAACUGUUGGCUGAAGUCCAUGAUGAAGACUGCUGUUUUCACCAAUUCGGAGGACACUCGGAGGACAUCAGAUCUCUUUUGGAACUCUUUAGGGCAUCUCAACUUAGAAUAUAUGCUCAUGAAUCUUAUCUAGAGAAGCAAGCAACAAAUUCAAGGCACUUUCUUGAAGGUAGAAUCUCUGAACAUUCAACAAAAGCAGACAGGUUCAGAAAAAAUCUUAUCCAAGAGGUUGCUGACAGCCUAAAGAGCCCUUACCAUGCAAAUUUAGAGCGCUUGCAAAGCAGAAAACUCAUUGAACAAAAUAACUUGGAUGAAAUAAGGAUUUUGAAGUCUUCUUUAAGCUGCACUAACUUCUGCAAUAAAGUUCUCCUACAACUAGCAAAGGAUGAUUUCAGCUAUUGCCAAUCCAUACAUUUCCAGGAAUUUAAACAACUUCAGAGAUGGCUUGCAGAGUGUAAAUUGGACCAGUUAGCCUUUUCUAGGCAGAAGCUUAGCUACUGCUACUUUUCUGCCGCUGCAAGCUUUUCCUCCCCUGAACUAGCUGAUGCACGCAUUUCAUGGGCAAAGAACGGCGUUCUGACUACUGUGGUUGAUGACUUCUUUGAUGUUGGCAGCUCAGAAGAGGAGCAACUAAAUCUUAUUCAGUUGUUUGACAAGUGGGAUGCAGGUAAGAGUAUCCAAACCUGUUCGGAGAAUGUUCACGUUAUAUUCUCAACGGUCCAGGACACAAUUUAUGAAAUUGCUGAAAAAGCAUGUACUUGGCAAGAUCGUAACAUAACUAAUCAUUUGGUUGAGAUUUGGUUGACCCUCGUAAAGUCAAUGUGGAAAGAAUCAGAGAUGGCGAGGAACAAGUCAGUGCCUACAGAGGAAGAAUACAUGGACAAUGGCUACAUAUCUUUUGCCUUGGGGCCAAUCGUUCUUCCAGCUCUGUAUUUCAUCGGUCCCAAGCUAUCUGAGGAGGUUAUUAGAAGUAAUGAGUACCAUAAUCUAUUCAAGUUGAUGAGCACUUGCGGCCGCCUCCUCAACGAUUAUCAAGGAUUUCAGAGAGAAGCAGAGGAAGGGAAGCUAAACGCAGUGUCCUUACACAUGCUUCGCGAAAAUGGAACUAUAAGCAAAGAAGAUGCUAUUAGAGAAAUAAGACAGACAAUUGAAGACAAAAGAAGAGAGCUGCUGAGAAUAGUAUUGCGAGGCGAUGUAGGUGUAGUUCCAAAAGUUUGCAGGGAAGUGUUCUGGAAAAUGAGCAAGGUGCUGCACUUUUUCUACAUGAAGGAUGAUGGGUAUACUUCUGAUGAUAUGAAAGGUGUUGUAAAAGCAGUUCUCCAUGACCCCAUUGAUUAAGCUUAAAAAUACAGUAUUAUUUCCUUUGAGAAAGCAAAAUAAGGGGAAGAAUCAAGAAAAGAAUUCUUUCAGACUUUUGUAUUGAUCAUAUUCCCUUAAGUCAUUGGUUACUUAAUAAAAGAAUGCUAAUAGAUUAAGUCAUUGAAACCUAAAAGGCAUGAUUACCCAA